GAAUUUGCGAGCUUUGCAUUUGGUGCUCGCAACUUUUCCAGUUGAGAGUUCAUCCCCCAAUCCCUUCUCUCUCCCAAGUUUAUCUCUGCAAGCAACCCUUCCUUCCUCUAUUUAAUGGCUCCGCCUCCUCCUCUUUUGCUCUAACAACCACCUCCUAAUUCCAUAUUUUCUCCUCAUCAGGCACCAUGCUUCUGAUACAGAACCGUCUCAGUGAGAAUCAACAAGUCAUGGGUGCGAACCCAAUAUUCAGAAGCGACUCUUUUGGACAUUACUAUCCUGAGAUGAACCACAACUAUUAUACCCUCAUGGAAAAGAGGCAGCUUUUUCUGAGAAGCUAUCAGUUCUCUCGAAAGCAGAGUCUUCCAGAGAGAAUCAAGAGGUCUUUUGUGCGUGUCAAGAAAGUUGUGUGGCUAAAGCUUCGAUCUGCUCUUAGACUUAGAAGGCUGGUGUGUUCAAGGAUCAAAUGCAGCUUCUAUUACCGCAGGAGAAGAUUCUUCCGCCUAGUCAAUGCCUACAACAGCAAAAACGAUGUUUCCUGCUUCUGGUAGACCUGUUCAUUAGAGUUUUACACUUCGUCUUCCUCGUAAUUGCUAGUGCUUUUUCUUUGGCGUACAUAUUGAUUUGUGAUUCAGAUCACAACCUCUGAUUAUGACUACCCUUCAUUGAUCGCAAAUGGGGUGCUCUGUGUUAUUAUUUUUGGUUCUUUCAUUUUCUUGUUCGCGCACUAUUAGCUGUUAGUGGUGAAAUGGAAGAGACGUGCUUGCAAA